CUAGCAAGGACAAACUGACUAGCUAAUGUUAGCUAGACUAGCUGUGUGUAGUCUUAUUUAACUGUGCCAGUGUUGUGUAGCCUGCCAGCUAGCUAGCUAACGUAGCUAUGUAGCGAUAUCAUGUUACGACUGUGCUAGUUCGCUAGCAGGCAAUUUUUAAAAUUGUGUUUCAUAUAGCUAGUUAGCGAGAUCUAGCCAACUUAGCUAGCUGUCUGUCAUAUGUGGAGUACAACUGGAUUUUACAUGACAAAGAAGUAGACUGAUUGUUUCGGUCAUGGAUUUCCCAGGGCACUUUGACCAGAUCUUCCAGCAGCUGAACUACCAGCGCCUGCACGGGCAGCUGUGUGACUGCGUGAUCGUGGUGGGCAGCCGGCACUUCAAGGCCCACCGCUCGGUGCUGGCGGCCUGCAGCACGCACUUCCGCGCCCUCUUCACGGUGGCCGAGGGCGACGGCAGCAUGAACAUGAUCCAGCUGGACAGCGAGGUGGUGACGGCCGAGGCCUUCGCCGCCCUGGUGGACAUGAUGUACACCUCCACGCUCAUGCUGGGCGAGAGCAACGUGAUGGACGUGCUGCUGGCCGCCUCGCACCUGCACCUCAACGCCGUGGUCAAGGCCUGCAAGCACUACCUGACCACCCGCACGCUGCCUAUGUCCCCGCCGGGGGACAGGACCCCCCACCACCACCCCGACCAGCAGCAGGCCUCCUCCUCCAGCUCCCGGCUCCAGCGCUCUUUCCUGCUGCAGCAGCUCGGCCUCAGCCUGGUCAGCUCGGCCCUGGGCGGGAUCGACGAGGCGGGGCGCGGGGGAGGGGGCGGCGGCGGGGGCGUGGUUGAGCAGCGGGCCUCCUUCCCCAUCCGCCGCUUCCACAAGCGCAAGGCGUCCUCCUCCUCCCUGGCCACGCCCGAGGACCGCCCCCGGCAGAGGCCUCGCCCCCUGGCCGACCCGGAGGAGCCGCUGAUGAUGCGGAUGGGGGACGGGGGCGGGGAGCCGUUCUCCCCGGACUCGGUCAAGAUGGGCGAUGGGCCGAAGCCGGAGAAGGGCGCCGGGGCGGAGGAGCAGAAGUACGGGGUGGGGCCGUUGCAGGAGGACGCGCAGGUCCCCAGCCAGUCGGACGGCGGGCGCGGGGGUGACCAGGCGGCCCUGGAGCCCGGGCAGGGGAAGGAGGAGUACCCGGACGGGCAGCAGCCCGGCGAGGGGGUGGUCGUUAAAGUGAAGGAGGGCGGGGAGGAGGAGGAGCCGCAGCAGAUGCGCGUGGUGGUGAAGACGGAGCCGCUGAGCUCGCCGGAGCCCCCCGACGAGACCAGCGACGUCACCUCGCAGGCGGAGGGCAGCGACCAUGCCGAGCCCGGCGCCGACAAGAUCGAGCUCAGCCCCGAGAGCAGCGACCGCAGCUUCUCGGACCCCCAGUCCAGCACGGACCGCAUGGGUGAGGCGCACCUGGUGGAGGGGGGCGGGGGCGGAGGGGGCGCUGGUGGGGACGGAGGGGGACGGGGGUCGGCGGGAGGAGCGACCGCCGUCAGCGACGGAAUGGACAGCAAGCAGGGCUUCAGCAUCUCCAGCUUCCUCUGCGCCAAGGGCUUCGGCGGGACGGGCUCGGCGGCCGCCUCCGUCGGGGACGACAACCUGCCCAACACGACCACCGCAGAGUGCCGGCUGGAAGGGGAGGCGGGCGGGUUCCUGCUGAGCCCGGAGGCGGUCAGUGGCUCCUCGUCCUCCUCGGUGGCGCACCCCGGCUCCCACCACCCCCACCAGCACUUCCUCCCCGGCGAGUCGCACCCUUUUGGCGACGUCCACCCCGACGCCCUCUUCCUGCGGCCCAUCCAGGAGGGGCUGGGCUUCCAGCGGGCAGGGGCCGACCAGUUUGCCCUGGACUUCCAGCGGUCCAGCCUGGGCCUGCACUCCCUCUCGCGCUCCGCUAGGGGCUCGAACCUGGGCUUCCCCGGCUACCGCCGCAUCGCUCCCAAAAUGCCCCCGAACGGCGGCGGGGGGGCCCUGCGCGGGGAUGGCGCUCAGCUCCAGGACGCCUCCUCCUCCUCCGGCGCAGCAGGGGGCGCCCUCCUCCUGAACGGGGUCGGCUACGAGGGCGCGGGGGGCCCGCCGGCCGCGCCCCCGCAGCUGACCCGGGCCUCGGCGGACGUCCUCUCCAAGUGCAAGAAGGCGCUCUCCGAGCACAACGUCCUGGUGGUGGAGGGCGCGCGCAAGUACGCCUGCAAGAUCUGCUGCAAGACCUUCCUGACGCUGACGGACUGCAAGAAGCACAUCCGCGUGCACACGGGCGAGAAGCCCUACGCCUGCCUCAAGUGCGGCAAGCGCUUCAGCCAGUCCAGCCACCUGUACAAGCACUCCAAAACCACCUGUCUGCGCUGGCAGAACAGCAACAACCUUCCCAGCUCGCUGCUCUAAUCGGCCCCACUCCACCCUGCCCCUCGCCAAAAAAAAAA